ACGGGCAAGAAUUAAAGACACGUUCGAAUUUGAAACUCGUGAAAAUGGACAACAAGUGAUCACCACAGCAAUCCAUUUCGACAAAUUUGAAGCGCAUUGUAAACCCAAGAAGAAUCUCGUUGUUGAACGGCAUCGUUUCCUCACAAGAGAUCAAAACACCGGCGAGUCGGUAGAUCAGUAUGUAACAGAACUAAAAACUUUAGCGGCGUCGUGCGAGUGGGGAGACUUAAAGGACGAUCUUAUAUGUAGUCGAAUUGUAAGCGGCAUAUCUUCGAGAGUUGUUCGAGAACGACUUUUGAAAGAGUCAGAGUUGAAAUUGAACAAAGCUGUCGAGAUUUGCAGAGCAGAUGAGUUAUCAAGACAACAAAUGAAGUUGUUUGGCAGUGAAGCGAAUCAUGUAAAUCAAGUAAAACGCGGGGGAGUGAACCGUGUUCAGAACAAAAGCAAGUCAGACAAAACACAAAAAGCAAAGAAAGCUACUGAAGGGAAACAUGAACACAAGCGUAAUGCCUGUGGUAAUUGUGGUCUAAUUCAUCCAAAGGGACAAUGUUUAGCUUAUGGUAAACAAUGUAAUAAAUGCAAAAAGAUGAACCAUUAUGCAAGAAUGUGCCGUUCAAGCAAAAGCGUAGACUUGUGUCGACAAGAGAAAAGUGACGAAUAUCUGUUUCUAGAGACGGUCAAAGUUGAAUCUGUUGAUCGAAUUCGACAGUCUGAAACUGAACAUGUAACACUGUCAUUGAACAAUCACGACAUUCGAUUAAAGCUGGAUACGGGAGCUGAG